AUGUGGAUGAUCAAUGCGAGGCCAACAAUCUCCCCCGAAGAGCCCAGAUCGCUUCCUACCAGCGGGUUUCAUACUGUCGACCCCGACCGACUGGUUGAAGAGGAGGAGCUGCCUGACUACAAGGCUGAUCGGUUCUAUCCUGUUCACUUGGGGGAGAUCUUUGAAGAGCGGUAUCAAGUACUAGGGAAACUGGGAUUUGGCUCUUCAUCGACCGUCUGGCUAGCUCGAGAUCUCAAGGACCACCAGUAUGUCACACUGAAAGUUUAUGUGCAUACAUCUGCGGUUCACCGCGAGCUCCCAGUUUAUCAGCAUAUCUCACCCUAUAUAAAAUCUGCUACGUCCCAUCGUGGACGCCAUAAUAUCCGGCAACUUCUUAACUCCUUUACGAUAAACGGACCAGACGGUAAGCAUAUCGUUCUUGUCUUUCAAGCCGCUCAGAUGAGUCUACGCGAUAUGAAGGUAGUAUUCUUCCCCAACGGGUUUGACGAAAGGUUUGUCAAGGGUGCUAUUAUUGAGCUUCUCCAAGCGUUGGAUUUCUUGCACAGCUAUGGAAAAGUUGUCCAUACCGAUGUACACUCCGGAAACAUGCUCCUGGGGUUAUAUGACAGCAGCCUACUCCGAAUCCUCGAAGACGCGGAAUUGAAAGCUCCUGUAGCCCGAAAAUUGAUUUCACACUCCCGGACAAUCUAUCUCUCACGACUGUCCAAGCCAAAGGAGGGUCCAAUGCUAUUGUCGGACUUCGGUGAGACCAGGAUUGGUCCUGGGCCCCAUCCUGGCGAUAUCAUGCCGCUGGAGUAUCGCGCCCCUGAAACACUGCUUUACGUGACAUGGAGCUAUCCUGUUGAUAUAUGGAGUGUUGGCCUUACGGGGCUGAAUUUUGGAAUGACAAAUGGAGAAUGGCUGAGUCCCGUACCUAUUCCAGAGGGGCGCACCCUCGAGUCUCUCGAGACCCGUCUGGAGGACAAGGAGGGCUUCCUGCGGUUUAUCCGGCGAGCUCUGACUUGGAUGCCUGAACAGAGGGCAACGGCCAGGGAACUUCUCCAGGAUCCAUGGUUGCUGGGGAAGACGACCCAGGGGUUGGGUCUCAGCCAGUCGCCUGUCUCUACUGGCUCGCUGUUUGGCCAGAGCACCGCUGAACAGCCUGCCCAAGCUCAAGCUCAAGCUCAAGCUCCGUCUCUCUUUGCGCCCAAGUCAAAUGCUACUGGCAGUCUACAGCCUCCCUCCGGUUUGAGCAUUUUCGGCCAGACUUCUUCUGCUCAGACUGGCCAGACACCCGGGACAACCACCGUGCCGCCACCUUCCCAGCCAGCCUACUUCAGCAGUCUGCUAGAGAAGGGCAAGAAACGGCCCCUCUCGAGCUUCCAAAAUGUCUCUUCUGUUGAGCUGCCCAGCCUUCAACUUGGCUUAGAUGACAUCAGGAAGUCUGCCCGUGGCUUGGGCGCCUCCGGCCCUCGCAACGCCGCCAAUAAGCCCGUCGUUACGGAGCAUAGAAUACUCUCCUCCCUCACUGCAUCUGGCAUCUCCCCCGGACAAGUACUCCAUGAUCUACACGCCUUUGACACCCAGACGGAUGCCAACAACGCCGCCCUUCAAGGCGUUGAUUCUAGACCAAUGCGAGAAAAGAUAGGCCAUUUUGGCCUAAAAGUCCAGAAACUAAAUGAAAUGAGGAUUCAGGAGAGAACAUUCCCUGUCUUGCGCGAGUUUGCUGAAGCUCAAAAGGUUGCGGAUACUGACGUUCCAAAGCAACUGCUUGAAGCGUACCAUGCCCUGAUCAGUAUUACAAAUGAGCCCGCUAGCUCCGUAGGUUAUUUUGAACCUGGUGCCCUGCGGCCCCGUCAAUUUGCCAAGGACUACGGAGAGGACAGCCCCGGGUCUGUUGACGCGCUGAAGAUGAGAAGGCAGAUCAUUGCGGGAUCUAGAAAACAUCUCGAGCGUACUUUCUACAAAGAGCUUGAAGAAGCCAUUGCGAGAAACCCCAGAGAGGCGCAGCUGGGCGGUGUUCCCACUAUCAUCAAUAAGAUUCGGGCAUACAUCAGACUCCGGGCCGCAAGAAAAGACCUGGCUCCCGAUGGAACAGAGCUACAGAUGGUGAAUGAUGACUACUGCUGGAUUCUCAUCUUUUACCUCUUACGAUGUGGGUUCAUCGAAGAAGCUGCCGAGUAUGUUAGUCGUGAUCAGGGUUUUCGAUCGAUGGACUAUAAAUUUGUCACCUACAUGACCACAUAUGCUCAACAUAGGAGACUGCCCCGUGAUCUGCAACAGAAGAUUGGCGCCGAAUACCAGCAACGCCUACGAAACGCACCCGAAAACACCAUUGACCCUUAUCGAAUGGCCUGUUACAAAAUUAUCGGACGAUGCGACCUCACCCACCGUCGACUCGAUGGGCUGGGCCAGGGAGUCGAAGAUUGGAUGUGGCUGCAGUUUGCUCUGGCACGAGAGGACACCCGGGCCGAGGAGGUCGCGGGUGAUAUCUUUGGUCUAGAAGAUAUAAAGAAAGACAUUGUUGAAAUUGGUCAAAGAGUGUUCCCAAAGGGACAGGAAACUCCUGGAGCGUAUGGCAUUUACUUCUUGCUCCAGAUUUUGGGUGGGAUGUUUGAACAGGCCAUUGCAUACCUCGGUUCCUACGCACCGAUAGACGCAGUUCAUUUUGCUAUUGCUCUCGACUACUAUGGUCUGCUCCGCAUAAAUUUUGCGGCUCUCAUCAUGCAAUAUACUAGGGAAUUCCGACUAGGAAAUGUCGAGGCCGCAAUCGACUAUUUUACCCUCAUUUGCCUUAAUACUGACAUUCCUGGUGAAUUGGGGAAAUCUCAGGCUACCGUGUGCCAUGAGGCGUUACGCGAGUUCAUCCUCGAGACGCGCGACUUUGCCAAAUUGUUGGGGGAUAUCAGAUCAGAUGGAACAAGGAUCAAGGGCGUGAUUGAACAACGGUUAAAAUUAAUCAACCUUGACGACCAAGAGGAAUUUCUCAAGGCUGUUACCGUCCAGGCUGCCGCCGUUGCAGAUGAUAAAGGACUUACUGCGGACGCCGUCCUGCUCUAUCAUCUGGCCGAGGAAUACGAUAACGUUGUCACGAUCCUCAACCGCAUUUUAUCCGAUGCUGUUGCAGUUCCUCUUGGGGAGGCUGCCAUUAAAAUUGAACCUGUUAAACCGCGCACUGGGGCCCAGCAUCAACCACCGGAGAGCGCGCAUGCUGAACCAGGAAGCAGCCUCAGUCUAACAUCUGUGGAUGAUCCUGUUGUCCUGGCUAAGAAUAUGAUUAGUCUGUACAACACCAAUGCUCUAUAUUAUCAGAAGAUACACCCCAUCAACCGCGAGGCUUGUGGGCUGCUGCUUCGAAUGAUGGAAACAAAGGCAAAGGUUGAAGCCGGUCAAUGGGCGCCAGCUUUGGAUGAUAUCAAUAACCUUCAAAUCCUCCCACUUACUGCCCAAGGGUCAGUCAACUACGUCCGCAGUGCGGUCCAGGCGUUUACUUCUCUACCUCCUGUCAUUGCUCGAAAUGCUGGAAAUCUAAUAAUGUGGAGUAUAACGUGCAUCAGCCGCGAACGUGAAAGGAUGUACUCUGGUGUCUACGAGAACGAUAUGCGUCAGACCCUGGUUCAGGAGCUUGUGGUCAUGGCGAAGGAUCUGAUGGUGUUUUCAGGAAUGAUCAAAUAUAAACUUCCGCCUAGGGUCUACGAGACAUUAGCUAAGGCUGCAGGGGAUAUUGGACUUAACCUAUAG